AUGAUUCAACAUGAAGGGGGAUCAAUCAACUUACCCACUGAAUAUGAGAAUUCCGCAACUAUGGAUUACAACAACUCGGUGGCAGCCGAACUACUCGACUCCUCUAACGAUUCCUUGAAUCAGUUAUUCUCCACUGAUGCAAACUUCCCAAACUUGGAGCUGUAUACUACAUCCUUUUCUCAGUCACUCCCACCGGUCGAUGUGUUACAAGCAUGUGUAAACCUCUUCCAAAAAUCUUAUUCCAUUCGAAUCCCAUUUAUUCAUCAACAAACCAUCGUGUCACCUUUCCUAAAUCUCGAAAUAAAAUACGCAAUGGCUGCAAUCGGGGCGCGCGGAAACCCCGAAUAUGCACCAUUUUCCAAGAUAUUUUUCCGCGAAGCUUGUUCAUAUUUGCAUGGAACCACAUCUAAAAAUCAAUUAUCACGGCUACAAUGCCAGGUCUUGUUGAUUGAUUUCGCUGUUUGGACGAGUGAUGAUACACUGCAUGAGUGGGCCACCCAAGAAGUUCACAAAACAGCUAUGGUUGUGAAGUCAUUGAUGGGAGUUGAUCUUUAUGACGGGUGCAAAAGUGAAUGGACUAACUGGAUUGAUGAUGAGGAGCACACACGCACAAUCUUUGCGUUCUAUUGCCUAUCCAUCUCUAUCUCUAUCAUUUACGACUAUGGAAAUAUACUUUCCUUUCAUAGCAUCGACUUGAAUCUACCUGAACAAGAGGCUACAUGGAGAGCAUGUACCGAAGUCGAGUGGUACCAAGAAAAGCAAAAGCAAACAGGAGGAGACAUUCACCGGGCAAAAUUUCAAUCCUCUAUUCACGCACUUCUCACAUGUGAUGUGUCUUGUGAAGAGAGGUACGAAUCAGCAUCUGUCUUUGGCCGACGUGUGUUGUUGUGUGCCAUUGCGGAGGCGUUCGAUAUGGCAAAGAGACUCCCGAUGAAUUUCCUCUCGGAAGAAGGAUAUCACAGGGCCUCAAUGUCAGAUUUUCGACUGCGAACUAAUUUUCUCGAAGCUCUCAAAAUCUGGAAAAACCUCUGGUGGGCCAAGCCUGAAUGCCUUUGGGACCCGACUUCCUCUGCUCUCGCACAACUCGAGAACAUGACAUUCCUCAACUGCUUACUCAUUGCACUUUCACCAAGCAGAACAGAUGAGCUAUCAAACAGCAGGGAAGGCAUUACUGCCGCGAUAGAGAUAUUUUGCAGUAUAUCAAAAUGUGGCUAUCUCGAUGAAACAAGGUUAUCAGACAUGCCCCGCGAGUCUUAA